GUGAUUGAUUUUUAUUUUUUUUGGGCGUUGGUUGGUUUCUAAGAGCGAGACAUGAGCAUGAAAGAACUUGUUGAGAAAAUAUCAACAGAUCCUCUAUUUAUCCAGUUAGCUAAGCAGCAUCAAGAAGUGAUGAACCUUCAGUUCGAUCCAGAACGGUUAACUAACGAAAUGCAAAGCAUGAACGAGUUCGUUCGUAACCACUUGGUGAAGUUGGUGGUAGUAAUAUAAGCUCUUUCGUAGGUGCAUGCAUGAACCUGAUAAUUGAUGAUACUCUCCUUGUUUGUUUUUGUUUUCUUUGUUUUGUUUCAGUUUCCGCAGUUGUCUCCGUCUCUGGAGACGUUAGGGAGACCUGGAGGAUUCGAGAAAUAUGCUGAGCUUACAACUCGAAUGAAGAAAGAUUCGAAUUGAUACCUAUACUAGCUGAGAUAGAUGCUACUGGUCCCCCUGCUAUGUUGAAGUAAGUGUUGUAUUGUAUCAUUCAUUAGUAACUUUUUAGGGUUUCGUUUAUGUGUGUGGAAGGAACUUGUUUCCGGUUUGGUUAGGUUUUGGAAUGAUGAAGACGUGUUGCAAAAGCUAAGUAAAGUAAUGGUUAUUGCUGCUCAUGAUGAGACUUCUGAUGUAGAGGGUGGUAAUGAAUAUGACGAAGUGUCCCAAGGAAGGAAAGCGUUACAGAUUAUAUGUGAGUAUGAAAAGAUGAAACAUGUUAGAGUUCUACUGGAUAAAAAACAUGUGUUCAAAAGGCUCGAUGAAGCAAUGGGUAUUGUUCAUAAGACUGCUACUUCCGGUGAUGUGGAGGGUCUGAUGAAAACUUCAUUGGCUACUGCGGAAAAAGAUGAAGAAGACUCCGAGGGAAGGACAGCACUGCAUUUGGCUUGCUCGUUUGGCAAGGUUGCAUGUGGUUUUAACUCAACUUACAUUGGUUGAGUCUGUUUCUAGGUCAAAUGUGCUAAAAUUCUUCUGGAAGCUGGAGAAAUCUAAACGCGGUUGACAAAAACAAGAACACACCGUUGCACUAUGCUGCUAACUGUGGGAGGAAAAAGUGUGUUAAUUAGCCUUCUCCUAAAGAAAGGUGGUACAGUGUAAGUUUGCAACCAAAACAAAAAAAAAAAAACUCUGUUUCAAACAACUUAAACUGGUUUUAUA